UGGUUGAGAGAGCGGCGUCGGUGGAUUUGUUCUCAACGCUGCGCCGCAGUUUUUGUAUUUUCGAGUUGUUGUAAUUUCUGUUGCCUUUUAUUCGCUCUCCGGCUUUAUUCCGAUUUGUUAAAAGAAAACUAAGCGUUCGCGUUUCGCCAGGCAUGCUGAAAAUGACAAAUGUUGCUGGGCCGCUGCAAACGAUGAAGAAAAACGCAAACGGCAACGACAACGACGACUCCGAGGAGUCCGACAUGGACAUGGAUGAAGAGGAGGAAGAGGAGGAGGACGAUCUGCCCGACGAUGUGGUUCUACAGAUCGACAGCGAGGACGAGGCGGAGCUGGAGGCGCAACGCAUUCGAUUGGUGCGCGAAGAAGAGGAAGAGGCCAAGGCCAAGACCAAGAUAACAACAACAGCAACAAAAACAAAGCAGGAGGAGAGAGAAGCGCAGGUCAGUAACGGUAACGCGAACGGCGUGGUGAAGAAGGAGGUGGAGGAGAAGUCUGAGAUUGGAACAAUAAAAUCCGGAAAGGUGGCCACCAAACGUAAGGCACGCGGCAAAUCCGGACGCCGUGGCUCUGUGAGUUCGCAGGCCUCCAGCGUCGGGUCCGUUGCGUCUAGCGCAGGCGUCACCUCCUUGGUGGCCGCCCAGGUUCUGGCCGACGAGAAGGCGCGCAGUUUUAUCUACAGCUGCACGCAGUGCAGCCAUCACUACGGCGACAGUGUGAUUCUCUCGCGGCACUUCCAGAAGGAGCAUGCCGAGAAGCCGAAGCGGAAGCGUGGUCGGACCAAGCUCGUCAGCCCCGAGGAGGAUUCACCAGCAGUUUUCAAUCCUCUAAACCUCCGCCCAGAGGAUCUGAGCCAACUCAAGCCCUGUGCCCAGCUGCUCAUGCAGGGCGAGUCCUUGCUUCAGCUGUGCCUCGCCUGCAACUCACAGUUUGUGGACCAACAGCACUUCCAGGAGCAUCUUAGCCAGCAGCAUGAUUAUUUCAAGCUGCUGCUGGUGCCCAAGGAGGAGCCCAGCGAUCUGCCGCCGCUGGCCAUGGUCACCAUACCGGGGGCUCUGGCCUUGGGCAAGUCCAACCAGCAGCUACAGCUUCCCAUCCCAGCUCCAGAGACCCCGCCGCCCGAGCAGGAUGUCAAGGAACCACCAACGAAUACGACACCCAACGACAACGUGGUGGCGUCUAACGAUGAGGAAGGUCUCCAUAUGAUAAGCGCAAUGGUGGCGGAGAUAGCGGCCGAAAGGGUCAAGAAGACCAGCAGUCCCAAAGUCAGCAAGAUGAUCAUUAAGCUGCCAACAGUGACCAGCAAAAGGGGCAGGAAACGCGCCAAGCCGGAGAAAACAAAGAAUCGGGAUAUAGCUGAAAUGAUGCAGCUGCAGCCUGUGAAACCGGAGAACGAUCAACCUAAGUCGGAGCAACCACAACAGAUGGAAAUAGCUGCUGAGGAAACGAAGGAGACAAAGAAACCCAAACAAGAUGAGAAACAGCAGCAGCAGUCGGUGAAAAAAGCAGCAGAGGAUCUGGAAACUGGAGAGCAGCAGGUAGACAAUGGAGACAAGAAAAAACAUCCUCUAGAGAAUGUUUCCAUUGAGGAUAAAUCGGAGAAAAUGGAAGAAGAUUCUCAGCCGCCAAAGAAAACUGAAGAAGAGCAAAAGCCUGCAGAAAUCAACAAGCCAUUACCUGGAAAAGUUGAGAAACUUCAGCAGCCAAAGGAAGUUAAGGAGCCACUGCAACCGGAAAAAUUAAAAAAGUCUCAGCAAUCAGAAAAAUUUAUUUCGAAUGAGCAGCAGAAACCACAGGGGACAUCAGAGAAGGAAAAGCAUCCAUCACCAGAGCCAAAUCUUAAUCCAUCCAAGCGCAAGCGCAACCGCAAAGAGCACAAAUCGCCAACGCCCAUACCCGUCCCGUUGGAAGACAAAGAAAUUAAGGAGGAGUCUGACACCACAGAGCGACGCAGGCGCAAAAGCCGCAACUUAGUGGACUACGUAGUGGAUAUCAAGGAUGAAGAGGAGGACGAUGAAGGGGAGCUGGAUGAGGAUUCAUCGGCCACAGUUUCACCAAACACCAGCUCCACGGAUGACAGUUUCACCUCGAUCAAGCGUGAAUCAUCCGAGGAGUCGCAGCACAAUGGAACUGGUGGCGGCAUACACACCUGUAAUUUCUGCGGCAAGACGUUUAAACGCUUUUCCCGGAUGCAGGAUCACCUGCGUCUUCAUACCGGCGAGAAGCCCUAUGUAUGUGGACAGUGCGGCAAGGCUUUUCGCUUGAAGAUGCGACUGGUUGAGCACCAACUGCGCCAUCGCACCGAAAAGGCCUUCAAGUGUGAUAUCUGUUCAAUGCCCUUGGCCACCAAGCAGGAUUUGUCGCUCCACAUGCGUCACCACAAGAACGACAAGCGCUACAAGUGCGACAAGUGCAACAAGGGAUUCGUUCGCAGCUCCGAUCUAUCCAUCCAUGUCCGGAUUCAUACAGGCGAAAAGCCCUACAGCUGUGACAUUUGCAGCAAGGCGUUCCGGGCGCGUCAAAAUCUCGUAGUCCAUCGACGAACUCAUCUUGGUGACAAGCCCAUUCAGUGCGAGCUGUGUGACAAGCGCUUCGCUCGGAAGAUCGAUAUGCGGGUGCACAUGCGCAGGCAUACCGGGGAGAAGCCCUACAAUUGUGAUUCUUGUCACCGUGGGUACUCCUCCCGAGUGAAUUUGGCGCGUCACCAGGAGCGCGAGCAUGGCAAGAAGGAGGAUAAGAGCUCAGGAUCUGGCCCUGCCAAAGCUGAGAAGAAAAAAAUGGCAAAAGAGCAGGCGAAGGAGCAGGAGAAGCCACCACAACCCAAAGCCAAAGCGGCGCCGCGACGACCGCGACGCGAAAAGCUGCAGCAAAAGAUCGCGGCCCAGGAGAAGCUACUGGACGAUCUGAAGCGCAGCUUGAGUACAUUGCCGGAAAUAGCCGAGGAGUCAUCAUCUCAGGUCAAGUUGGAUGCUGUAAAACUGCCAGCAGAUGCCGGAGCAGGGCGUGCCCAAGUUCAAGUCACUUUGUCCAUGCAAAUGGAGCCCGCUCCUAGCCAUGAAGACGAUGAGGAGAUCACGCCGGAGAAGGAGAACGCACUGUCCAGCUCUACUGCGUCGGCGGCAGACAAGACAAAGGCGAAUCGCAAAAUCACCAGCUACUUCACAGUCGUGGGUCAGCAGGCGGAAAUCUAAAGACUUAAGUUUCAGGAUUAGGAGCAACACUUCUUACUACUCAUUACCUUUUAAGACAAGCCACUCUGUACUUGGAAAUGAUGGUGGAGACAUCAUUGCCUCUAGCAUAGCGUACGCCUCGCAAUUUUGAUCUUUUUUUUGGAGUUUAAAUGCAAAUCUUGCAGCAGGGAUCAAGUAUUUUUUAUAUAUACUAUUUAUAUCAUAUAUUUACCGUAAUGAAGAGGUGUGAACGAUAACCAUGUAAACCACAAAGAACACAGAAAAAGACUACUUUUUAAAAGAAAGAAAUUAAUAUUUUGAAUACGAAUCAAGCAAGAGACUGCAAAUAUAUAUAUAUAUAUAUAAAUAUAUUUUUCUACAUAGACAGAGCAACUUUUGUGAACAAAAUAAGUUAAACUACUUAUGUAAAAAAGAAAAAAAAAAAUACAAUACCAAUAACUAGUUAGGUAAACUUAAAAAUUUAAGAAAAAUAUUUCUGCGGAAUUCACUCAUUGAAGCUCAAAUUUCCUCUGAAGUCUCUCUCAAUCAAUGGUUUCCCCAUGAAUAAUUCGUAAACAAACCCUUAUCAGGGCUUUAAUAUCAGCGAAAUAUAUCGUUUUUGUAAACAAAUAGCGCACAAUGUUUAUUUGCAAACAUUUCCUUGCCCAUUCCCUGAAGAUUAAUUCACAAUUUCUUUUAAUUUUAAUUGCAAGUCAUUUUAUAAUGCAAUUAAUAUACAAAAAUCUCCAAACUUAUAUACUCGAAAUUCCAAAACAAAUGUAAUUUAAUUUUAAUUAUUAAUUUUAAGCAAAACAAAUUGCUCUCUAUCUCAGCACUAGCUACUACAAUUUAAAUUGUAUUUACAUUUACAUAUAAUUACUUAAUUACUUUCUCGAAUUAUAGGAAAAGACAAUGCAAAAGGUCAAAGAGAGCAAAUUUUUGUAAAUUGAAUUUUUGUGGCAGCUUCUUCUCAUUCUGUGUAGCAUCUAAGAGAUUUCUAUGAAUAUAUAUAUAUAUUUUCUAA